GAGAAAUGGAAAACGAAACAAUAAAAACAAAAGGAUUUCUUCUCGCGAUUCCCUUAACGCAAAUAAACAGCACAUGUUUGGUUGGGUUUCCGCUGUUACUACGGUGCUUAUAUUCUACUCUUGGUUCGUCUUUUCUAUUACGUCAUCUCACCGAGUAAAUAUUUCGCAAUAGAAGUAUAGAAAUGUCAUUAUUCAGAGCAGUGGGAAGUCCAAUUUUGUCCGCAUAUCGCCAAGUAAUCCAAACAAAUAAUAUUCGGACGUUCUUCUUGUCGUCAUCACGUUUCAUUUCGGAGGAAGCUAAGGGUGAAGAGCAAGCAGCAGAUCAGUCGACCGGAGAAGGAAACGUCGAUGAUCGAAAAGAUCGUACCCGAAUCAUUCCAGUAGAAACAAGCAUUCGGUAUUUGGCGAGUGAAGCGUAUCAGCAGACCUACCAGGGGGAGCCCGUUUGGAAAAACUACCGCCGAAAUCACAAAGGAAUCUACCCGCCUAAGAAAACUCGAAAGACGUGCAUUCGCCAGGGAAAAAUUUCUACCGGCAACCCCUGUCCCAUCUGCCGAGAUGAAUAUUUAGUGCUGGACCAUAGGAAUGAGAACUUGAUUAAGCAGUUUAUUUCACCUCAGAGUGGAAAGGUUCUGAGUUACCAAAUCACCGGCCUCUGCCAGAAGAAACACCUUGAACUUCUAGUAGCCGUCGAGCGGGCUAUGGACUACGGUUUGAUAACGUUUGAUGUUCCUUUUCGCAACUACGACUACUCCGAGUACUAUGCCGACCAAAAACCAUAA